AUGGCUUCAUCAAAUCCCACAGCUAAAGACUCUCCAGCUGAGCGGUUCCAGUUCAUCGCCAUCCAGGGCCCAGAUGACGCAAAGGAUCAGACCCAACGGCGUGUGGCUCGCUCACACGCCGUAAAGCAAGCCCUAGGGAGAAAGCGCAAGCAGCAGCAAGAGUCAAAGGAUAAUUUCCGCGUAAUGAACUUGAAGGAUCGUCCGAGGAAAUCGGGAAAGCAGGGUCCAGUAAAGCAAACGACGCAUACCGGGACUCUGGCUGGGCCACUCUGUCGCCUCUCUGCAGGCACGCUUGACCCUUUCCAAGCAUUUGCGGUGGAUUUGUCGAGACUGCAAACACUGCUCGGCGACUACAGAGCAAGGCAGGCUCCCGAGCCGGUCUUUAGCAUCGCAGAAGAGCUUUCGUUCCAAGAUUUUCAGUCGGUGUUUCGAACUGGCUUUGGUGAUCCUGCUCUGCUGAAUGCGGUAAUGCUUUCGCUUGCCUUUGCGGCAACUGGCGGUAGCAUUGACCUGGAGUGUCUCAGGUACCAGAGUCAGGCAAUCAGCCAUAUACGUCAAAGGAUGAACCGCCUGCGUGAGGCCGUUACAGAAACUACCAUUGGAACAAUACUGCUGCUAGCUGGAGUGGAGGCCCGACUGGGCAUGAGGUCCCAGGUCCAGCUGCACAUGGGAGCAGUGCAGGGGUUGCUCAAGAUGUGUCGAGCAGAUGGGAUUUACCUCACGCCAGGUAUUAAACGGGCUAUAUUUUGGCAAGACUUGAACUCGUCAAUAUUGACAGGAUCUCGUCGUAUAUACGACCAUACGACGUUUUCUGAACUUCAAUGGACAAGGGAUCCGUUCGUCCCAAACUUCUUUCGGCUGCCACCUGGAUUCCAGACGCGGUCUGACUUGCUCACCACAGAGCUUAUGCAAGUGCUUGAAGAUUUACAUGCGUUGCAAUGCAUCCGAGACGUUCCGCAUUAUACCAAGGGCGAUCCGAUGUUAAUGGCAUACAUCAACAACCACACAGCGUCCAUCCAAUCUAGGCUGAUGUCACUCCAAAACGUCUCUUCUGUGCAAGAAUGCUGUUGUCUUGCGGCGUACAACUGCUCAGUUAUGCUAUGCUGCACGGUUUGGUGUGCUCUAGUCGUUCCUUCUCAUAUUUCAUCUCAGCUCCUUGCCAAACUACAACAAACGAACGACGACCCUGUCUGGGAUGAACAUCCAGAACUCCUACUCUGGCUGGUAUAUAUCGGCGGAGCAUUCGCUCCAACGGGGGCCGUACGCUCCGAAUAUGUCAGUCUGCUACGCUUGAUGAACGCUACCAGGUUCCGGAGUUUAUACCGGUCGUGGCCGGAGCUGCUCGCGAUUCUGAAGCAGUUUAUUUGGACUGAAAAGGCAUUCCUGUCGCCAGUGAAGGCGCUCUGGGAGGAAGCCGUGAACUAG